AUGGCGGCGCCACUGGCGGACGCUGUGGUGAUCGAGAUCCCGGCCGAUGACGUCCAAAACAUCGUUGGCCCCUCGAAUUCGGGCGCUUCGGCAACAUCGUUCGACGGCGGUCGCUUCGUCGAAGCCGCGGUAUUCUUCCUCGCCACAAUCUCCGCCUUCUUAAUCAUGAACCAGCCGCCGUGGCCGACUCCUCAAGGCCUCCUCUUCCAUAUCCACUCCACUUUCCUCCACCUCGCCUUCUGCACGGGGUUCAGCCUCGUCCUCUUCUCACUCAUCUUUCCUCGUAGCCCCGCGAUGGCUCGGGUGCAGCGGAAACCGACGGUCAUGGGUGUCAUGUUCCUGCUCGUGGCCUAUGUACCGAGGGUCUACAUGGAGCUUCCCCUCUUUUCUCUCGUCGUCCUCGGUAUCAUCUUCUCCCUCAUCUUCGUCUAUUACACGAUCUCAUGGGCUAGGGACGACCAGGCUCUUCCUUCCCACUUAGGAUCGAAAUAA